GAAAGCUUGGAAUCUACAACAGAAUUUCCAAAUAUCAAAAGCAUGAGAUCAGCUAUUUGGUUUCCAAUUUAUGAACAAAAACGACAGAGAUAAGGUACUUAGAGGGGGUCCUUGGCAUUUUGAGAAUAACUUACUUAUCUUUAUGCAAGCAGAUGCGUUCAAGCAACCUAAUCUCGAAGACUUUUAUGUUAUGGAAAUAUGGAUUCAAAUCCAUAGUAUCCCUGCCGCCCUGCGCACAAAUGAGAUGAUACAUAAGAUUGGAGCAAGGUUUGGUAAACUCAUAUGGAUAGACAGCAUAAGAGAGAAUGCAUGGAACGAUGUGUUGCCUAUAAGGGUGGGGAUAGAUAUUCGUACUCCCCUGAGAAAGGAACUGAAACUCAACCUCAAAGGCACAAUUCGGACGUAUGAGGUAAAGUAUGAAAAGAUCCCCAUGUACUGUUUCUCUUGUGGGUUACUAGGGCAUCCAAAACUCACCUGCCCCAACCCCCCACUAGAUGGAAAGGACCUAGUUGGGCCAGAACUGAGAGUGAACAUGGCAAAAAUAAAACCCUGGCAGAGCAGACUUGAGAGGGAAGAAGAUGGGGAUUUGUGGCAGGCACUGAGGACUAAAUUCGACAGAGAAGUGGUCACAUCCAGAAUGCAAAUUGAGGAGGCUGAACAGAGGAAAAGGAUGAGGAUGAUAGUUUGGUUGCAAUAGAACGAAGAAUGAUGAUUCAAGAAGAACUUAACUAGUCUGGGUAAAGAACAAGUGAAGGGGAGUGGAGAAAAUGUAGCAGAGGUGACAUUCCAACGGGCAGAAAACUCAGCUGGGAACACCCUUUCGAGCAUAACCACUCUAGAGUUCAAUCAUGGGCUAAUGACAACUAAGGAGACACAAGGGAAGAAAUCGAAUAACUGGAAACGACAACAAAGGGAGGUCUCAAAUCAAAGAGCAGUUGAGCAUAUUCAAUUAACCCCUAAAAAACGGGGUGUUGCUAGUAAUGAUAUGGAGGAAGCAGCUGACUCUCCUAGCAAAAAACAGAAGAUUGAUGAAACAAAACCUCUAUUGGAUGGUGAAGUGGCGGACCCUGCACAAAAGCAGGGCCGCCCAGCCCAAUGAAUAUCCUAAGAUAUAAUUGACGGGGUUUGGGGAGUCCCCUGGCAAUUAAGAGAGUGGGGCAGCUGCUCCAAAGACAAAACACCACGAUAGCCUUUCUCAUGGAAACAAAAAAGCAGGAGAAGGAGUGUGAGGAAGUGAUCAGAGAGCUCGGAUGGGAAAAGGGGAAAGGUAUAGGUUCGAUAGGAAGAGCGAGAGGUUUACUAAUGGUAUGGAAACCAUACAUACAGGUGGUGGUCAAAUCUAAGUCAACAAACCACAUCGAUGUUUGUGUGACUGAUGGAAGAGGACAGUGGAGACUAACGGGCAUUUACGGGUGGCCAGAACAGGAUAACAAACAUAUGGCGUGCACCCUACUACGGCAACUACGAGAUAUAACUGAUUUACCAUGGCUAGUUUGUGGUGAUUUCAACUUGAUUCAAAGUUAUGAAGAGACAAAUGGCUUAAACUUAGCAAAUGUCCAUGAAAUAGAUAUGUUCAACGACGCCCUAGAAGAUUGUGAACUUGAAGACCUCGGUUAUUAUGGGAAGACAUUCACGUGGGAUAAUAACCAUACUGAUGACACUUACCUGGAGGAGCGUUUGGACAGAAUGGUAGCAACAGGCUCCUAGCAGGAUGUUAUUCCCACAUGCACGAGUUCAUCACUUAAGAAGAUGUGGAUCAGACUACUCUCCCAUCUACCUGCAGACACAAUUGGUCGAUAACAACAUUAGAUGGGGAAGGAACUUUAGAUAUGAGACUUUCUGGCAAAAACAUGAUGAAUGUAAACAAGUUAUUUCGGAAGGUUGGACUGAGGCUCAAGGGGCAUCUCUCCUGGAUAAAAUUAAAUUGUGUGAAAGCAAACUGGUUCGAUGGAGUAAAGAGACUUUUGGGGAUCUUAGGGAAAGAAAAAGGAAGGCUGGAAGAGCUUUAGAAAUUCUGGAGAAAAGAAAGAAGAAUGCAGCUAUUAUAAUUCAAAGGAGGGCAAUUGAAAGGGAGAUCCAUGAGAUUCUGAUGCAAGAGGAGAUGAUCUGGAGACAAAGAUCCCGAGCGGAUUGGUUGCAAGGAGGGGACAAGAAUACAAAUUUCUUUCAUAGGAAAGCCUCUGAUAGACGAAACAGGAAUACCAUUAGCAGACUGGUUGAUGAGAAUGGAGGGAUAAGGGAGGGACAGGUAGAAGUUUCGAAGUGCUUAACUAACCAUUUCAAAUCUCUUUUUACUACAGGUAAUCCAGUCCCUAUAAGCAAGAUUUUGUAAGUAGUCCCUAACAAAGUCACAACAGAAAUGAAUGAAGAGUUGCUGAAACCCUUCAAAGCUGAGGAAAUUUGGAAUGCAUUGAAACAAAUGGGAUCUCACAAGGCACCAGGGGAGGAUAAGAUGUCAGCAUUUUUCUUUCAGAAGAACUGGGAAACUGUGGGAUAGGACGUGGUUAAUGAACUUCAGCACUAUCU